AUGAGAAACCAUACUAUGGUGUAUGAAUUCAUUUUUGCAGGAUUCACUGACUCUUCAACACUUCAGAUCCCUGUCUUCAUAUUCGUCCUGCUAAUAUAUGUUACCACCCUCCUUGGAAAUCUUGGAAUGGUGCUCUUAAUCAAAAUUAACCCACAACUUCACACCCCCAUGUACUUCUUCCUUAGCAACCUAUCCUUUGUAGACUUUUGUUACUCCACUGUUGUCACCCCCAGAAUGCUGAUGGACCUAUUUGUGAAGAGGAAAACUAUUUCACUGCCUGGAUGUGCUCUGCAGAUGUGGUUUUUUGUGCACUAUGCAACCACGGAGAGUUUCCUUUUAUCUACAAUGGCAUACGAUCGCUACAUGGCGAUUUCCAACCCUCUGAUCUAUGCAGUCAUUAUGUCACGUAGAGUUUGUGCCCAGCUGGUGAUCAUUCCCUACCUUUUUGGAAUAUUGAAUGCCACGACCCAAACAACCUUAGCCUUUCAACUAAACUUCUGUAACAACAACAUAAUCAAACACUUCUUCUGUGACAUUCCUGCAGUCUUGUCACUCUCCUGUUCAGAUACCAGACUCAACAAAAGGUUGCUUUUUGGUUUAUCUUCCUCCUUUGGUGUUGUGUGCAUGUGCAUUAUCAUUGUCUCCUAUACCUACAUCAUCAUAGCAAUCCUGAAAAUCAACUCCAAUGAGGGCAGGCGCAAAGCUUUCUCUACUUGCUCAACGCACCUCACGGUUGUGUCAAUCUUUUAUGGGACACUCUUCUUCAUAUAUGUGCGUCCCAGUUCUGGUUCCAGCUCAUCAAUUGAUGUGGACAAGAUGAUCUCUGUGUUCUACACCAUGGUGAUCCCCAUGCUGAACCCUUUGAUCUACAGCUUGAGGAACAAAGAGGUGAAAGAUGCUGUGAGGCGGCUGAUCAAGGGGAAGGGUUUCCUAUAG